AUGAAUAAAAUAUUUAUUACAGGUGCAACAGGUUAUAUUGGUGGAGAAAUUAUUUAUCAGUUAUUAUCUCAUGGUGGUUUUGAAAUUACAGCUUUAAUUCGAAAUGAAGCAAAAGCAGAUAAAUUACCUGGAGGUAUUAAAAAAGUUGUUGGUACAUUAGAUGACAGUCCAUUAUUGAAAAAAAUGGUCAAUGAAAAUGAUAUCAUUAUCAAUGCUGCUAAUGUUGAUCAUUGGCAAAGUGCAAAAGCAAUUUCUGAAGCUUUAAUUGCAAGUAAAGAAAAGAAGAUUUUAAUUCAUAAUUCAGGUGCAGCAGUUUUAAAUGAUCAUUUAUCAAAGACUAAAGGUCCAAGUACAACAAUUUAUAAAGACGAUGACCUUAGUGCUAUGGAAUCAUUACCUGAUAGUCAACCACAUAAGAAGAUUGAUAAUUUAAUUCUUUCACUUCAUGAAAAAAAUCCAUUAAUUCAAACUGCAAUCAUAUCACCUUCUACAGUAUUUGGUAAAAGUGAUGGUUAUGAUAAAAAGAUGUCCAUUCAAAUUCCAAGCUUAAUCAAGAGUUCAAUAAAACAUGGACAAGCAUUUACUGUUUAUUCAGGUAAUUAUGUUUGGAGUCAUAUUCAUAUUAAAGAUUUAGGAGAAUUAUAUUACAUAGUUUUGAAGAAGAUGAUUGCUGAUGAACCAAUUCCAAAGAAUGAACAAGGCUACUACUUUGGUGCUUAUGAUGAUGAAGUUGAAAAAGUUAAAGUUGAACAUACAUGGAAAGAAGUUGCUGAAACUGUUGCUGAAGGAUUAAACGCAAAGAAAGUUGUUGAUACCCCUAGAAUUGCUUCAUUAACGCCUCAACAAGUUGUUACUUUGAGUAAUGAUAAAAUGAGUCCACAUCUUUGGGGUUCGAAUUCUCGUUGUAGAGGUAAAAAUGCUUACAAGAUUGGAUGGCAACCAAAACAUACAAAACCAAAUGAAUUUUUAAAACUGAUUCAACAUGAUGUUGACAAUGUUGUUGCUGCUGGUCUGACAAUUCCUGUUGGUUAA